GCAGGUGCCCGCGCCCAGGGCUCGGCCUCGCCAUGCUCCGCCCGGGCGCGCAGCGGCUGCGGGGCCUCCCGCUGCCGAGCCUCCCGCUGCGGGCCUGCCCGGGCCGCCCGCGCUCCGGCUGCGGCCGCCGGAGAGAGGAAAACCCUCCCUUGUCAGCAGAAACAAGAUGGAAAGACAGAGCAGAAACAGUGGUAAUUGGAGGUGGCUGUGUUGGUGUGAGUUUGGCUUAUCACCUGGCCAAAGCGGGGAUGAAAGAUGUGGUCCUCCUGGAGAAAUCUGAGCUCACUGCUGGAUCUACCUGGCACGCAGCAGGUUUAACAACUUACUUUCAUCCUGGAAUAAACUUGAAGAAAAUACAUUAUGACAGCAUCAAACUUUAUGAGAAGUUGGAAGAAGAAACUGGACAGGUAGUAGGAUUCCACCAGCCAGGGAGUAUCAGGAUUGCUACAACUCCUGUAAGAGUAGACGAAUUUAAAUAUCAAAUGACUCGGACUGGCUGGCAUGCAACGGAACAGUAUAUUAUUGAACCCGAAAAAAUUCAAGAGAUAUUCCCUUUACUCAACAUGAAUAAGAUUUUAGCUGGACUGUACAAUCCUGGAGAUGGUCACAUUGAUCCUUACUCUCUCACUAUGGCCCUGGCUGCUGGGGCUAGGAAAUACGGUGCACUUUUAAAAUAUCCUGCACCAGUGACUUCUCUGAAAUCCAGAUCAGAUGGCACAUGGGAUGUUGAAACACCACAGGGAUCUAUGAGAGCAAAUAGAAUUGUGAAUGCUGCAGGAUUUUGGGCUCGUGAAGUAGGUAAGAUGAUUGGACUAGAGCAUCCUCUCAUUCCAGUUCAGCAUCAAUAUGUUGUUACAUCAACUAUACCUGAAGUAAAAGCUUUGAAACGAGAACUCCCUGUGCUCCGUGAUCUGGAAGGAUCUUAUUAUCUCCGACAGGAAAGAGAUGGGCUUUUGUUUGGUCCAUAUGAAAGUCAGGAGAAAAUGAAAGUUCAGGACUCAUGGGUUGCCAAUGGAGUCCCUCUAGGUUUUGGAAAGGAGCUCUUUGAGUCUGAUCUAGACCGAAUCAUGGAACAUGUGGAAGCUGCCAUGGAAAUGGUUCCAGUCUUGAAAAAGGCUGACAUCAUCAAUAUUGUCAACGGUCCUAUCACCUAUUCUCCUGACAUUCUACCCAUGGUGGGGCCCCACCAGGGAGUCAGAAACUACUGGGUGGCUAUAGGCUUUGGAUAUGGCAUAAUCCAUGCUGGUGGGGUAGGGAAAUAUCUCAGUGACUGGAUUCUGCAUGGAGAGCCUCCUUUUGAUCUGAUAGAAUUGGAUCCCAAUCGCUAUGGCAAAUGGACAACAACUCAGUAUACAGAAGCCAAAGCAAGAGAGUCAUAUGGAUCCAACAAUAUUGUUGGUUAUCCUAAAGAAGAACGGUUUGCCGGGAGGCCAACUCAGCGUGUCAGUGGACUUUAUAAAACCCUGGAGUCAAAGUGUUCCAUGGGGUUCCAUGCAGGCUGGGAGCAGCCACACUGGUUCUACAAACCAGGUCAGGACACUGGGUACAGGCCAAGUUUUCAUCGCACAAACUGGUUUGAGCCUGUGGGCUCUGAGUAUAAACAGGUUAUGCAAAGAGUAGGGGUGAUUGACCUGUCACCAUUUGGCAAGUUUAACAUCAAAGGCCAAGACUCCAUUAGAUUGUUGGACCAUCUCUUUGCAAAUGUCAUUCCAAAGGUGGGUUUUACAAAUAUAAGUCACAUGUUAACACCAAAAGGUCGAGUGUAUGCUGAGUUGACUGUUUCUCACCAGUGUCCUGGGGAGUUUCUAUUAAUAACUGGUUCUGGAUCAGAACUUCAUGACCUUAGAUGGAUUGAAGAAGAGGCAGUCAAAGGUGGGUAUGAUGUUCAAAUUAAAAACAUAACUGAUGAGCUUGGAGUCCUUGGAGUUGCAGGACCACAUGCAAGAAAGGUCCUUCAGAAACUGACCUCUGAGGAUCUUCAGGAUGAUGUUUUCAAGUUUCUUCAAACCAAGUCUUUAAAGAUUUCCAACAUUCCAGUCACUGCAAUUAGGAUAUCGUACACUGGUGAGCUCGGUUGGGAGCUGUACCACAGACGAGAAGAUUCCACGACGCUUUAUGAUGUUAUCAUGAAUGCAGGCCAAGAGGAGGGAAUUGACAAUUUUGGAACAUAUGCCAUGAAUGCCUUAAGACUGGAGAAAGCUUUCAGAGCCUGGGGGUCAGAGAUGAACUGUGAUACAAAUCCCUUGGAAGCUGGAUUGGAAUACUUUGUGAAGCUAAAUAAGCCAGCCGACUUCAUAGGAAAGCAAGCACUGAGACAGAUUAAAGCCGAGGGGCUGAAACGGAGACUGGUCUGCCUCACCUUGGCAACGGAUGAUGUGGAUCCCGAGGGAAAUGAAAGCAUCUGGUAUGAGGGCAAGGUAGUCGGCAACACGACAUCUGGAAGCUACAGUUACAGCAUCCAGAAGAGUCUGGCUUUCGCGUAUGUCCCUGUAGAGCUAAGUAAAGUAGGACAACAAAUGGAAGUUGAGCUAUUAGGCAGAAACUACCCAGCAACUGUCAUACAAGAACCCUUGGUAUUGACGGAACCAACCAGAAACCGGCUUCAGAAAAAAGGUGGGAGGGACAAAAUUUGAAGAAGACCUUCCGAAAGGCAAUUGAAUUUUGGUUGAUUUAUGACUGUACUCGAAAGUAUAAUUGGUUCCUGCAGGAAUAGGGGAGAUGAAGAAUUCAUUUCAAUAUCAUUAAAAUCUUGAUUUAGAGUCUUAAUAAAACCAUUUUCUUAAUUCCUAAGCAAGAAAGAACAAUGGAUUAGUGAUUUACUUAUUCUUUCAAAUCAAGAAAUUUUAAAUGAAUGUUUUUAUUGCUCUAUAUUGCUGUUUAUGAAACUCAAUCAGGAAACCAUUUAGGUGCUGUUGGUAUACAAUCAUCAUUAUAACAGAAUUAGAGGAUGUUCUAUGGCUUUAGGACAUAUGCCUAUGAUUCUUAUUAGCUGAAAGCAAGUUAAUAAAUUAUGUUUUAUAUAAAUACAAAUGUAAUACUGUUGGAUUUAAUUUAUUGGGAAAUAUUAGUUGAAUAAGGGGUAGUUCUAAAUUUUCAUCACAUAUCUAUGAUGCAAAUAGUGAAAUUUAAUAUUGAUAUAUUUUAUUCAAUUCUCUGAAAUAUUAGUUUUUUAAUGAUUUCCCUGAAAGCAAUUUUAUGGGGCAUCAUUAUUCUCCUUUCAAAGGUUGUUUUAGAAGAGAAAUUGGAAAAGAAAUUACAGAAUCUUCCAAAGGAAGCAGUACUUGUAAACCUUCCAAAAUGAAGCUGAAGCAUAAGUAGGUUGUGCCAGUAGAAACACAGUUUGAAUAUUGAACACCUCUCUUUGGGGAAAAAUUAAUGCAAGUUGACAUCAAAUGUGCCAUUCUGACUACCAGUUCACAAAGCAUUUGACAAAGCAGGUCAAACAAGAGCUUAGGAGCUGCCAGCUUUGCCCUUAGUACUGUGUACAACAAAGAAAAAAUCCAUUUAGAAAUAAUUCUGCGAUAUAUUUCUUGAUAUUAUUUGGAUUUAGUCAACUGAAUGAAUCAGUGUUUUUUUUAAAAAGUGGUUUACCAUUUAUAAUUUUUUAUAUACACACAUUUCUUACACAUUCAUUGAACUUUUCUUGGUGUAUAAAGCUGCCUAUAAAACAUAACUCUCUAAUUAGAAUAGAUUUUAAAGUAAUUUCUUAACUUCUAUGUUUUGCAAAGAUACCAAAUUUACAGUUUAAAUGUUUGAUAAAAGUAAUAAAGUAUUAGAC